GCAAUAUAUUGUUCGUUCGUAUUAAUGUUUGACACUACAAGUUCAUUUAUUACGUAUUUAUAACAUUAAUUAACCAUGGUAAAUGGUCCAUUUGAAUAGGGGAUUGUUGGUUUAGAUCAUUUUGGUUACCAUAUCAACGGCGUCCAGUCGGAGCGCUAUGGCCGUCUCUGAAAAAUCGAUUACACCGAGAUGACCACUUUUAGAAGAUAAACCGUCUUUAGUAAUUCAAAACUGAUUAUCUAAAUACUUGAAAAAUGUCACAGUUGUGUAAUUUAAAAUUGUAUCCCUUUGUAAAAAGUACAAAGGGUGUAGAGUACGUAUUAAACAGUUUAACUUUUGGAAAUAAGAAUGGAAAAGUCCGGAAUACGUUGCGUCAGAAUGGAAGAGGUUAUAUGCACAUUUUACCAAAAUCUUAUGAUUAUCAAAGUUGUCAACUCCAUAAAAUCAUUGAUAAGUAUCUCUCAACUUUUCAUGUGCCUUUGUGUACCAUUAGAAAAGAAAGUUUUGAUCGGAAUAGGUAUGAUGAUGGAAAAAGAGGUUAUAGAAAUUUAGGGCUAGUUUUGAGUGGUAUUGGACUUGUUGUGGCUCUGUGCGAUGCACCGAGUUUUACGAAAGUUGAUUUUACAGAAAAGCGGUUCUUUCGGGCUGCUCAGUAUGGCAAUAUACCGGAUCUUAAAAAGGCAUUAGCUGAUGGGGUUGAUGUGAAUGCAAGACAUCCAUUGGGAUGGACGGCAUUACAAACGGCAGCUAUCAAUGGCAAAGUUCAAGUGAUUAAAUUUUUACUAGAAAGAGGAGCAGAUGUUAAUGCAGGAGAUCAAUUUGUCAAUGUAUAUAGAAGUGCCAUGGACAAGGGAUGGCACUCUUUGGAUGUACUCAUGUACAGAGAAGAAGAAUUUUCUGAUCGAUUGAACAAUAAAGCCACAUAUCAAGGCUUUACAGCUCUGCAUUAUGCAGUUUUGGCUGACUCAAAAGAAUGUGUUAAAGCUUUAUUAGAUGCAGGAGCAGAUCCUACCAUCGAAAAUGAAGCAGGCCAUCGUGCUGUAGAUUAUGCUAGAGACGGCGAAAUAAAGGAAAUGUUAAUAAAGCAUGCCGUAAGGUACGACGAAAUACAAAGGGAGAAGGAGGCAGAAGAGCGACGAAGGUUCCCACUGGAACAACGAUUAAAACAACAUAUUGUAGGUCAGGAAGGAGCUAUUUCAGUUGUAGCAUCCACUAUUCGCAGGAAAGAGAACGGCUGGGUUGAUGAAGAGCACCCACUGGUAUUUCUGUUUCUUGGAUCAUCCGGUAUUGGCAAGACGGAGCUAGCAAAACAAUUAGCAGGAUAUAUCCAUAAAAAUAAGCCGGAUGGAUUUAUUCGCCUCGACAUGUCCGAGUAUCAGGAGAAGCACGAAGUUGCCAAGUUAAUUGGUGCACCUCCUGGAUACGUAGGUCAUGACGAUGGUGGUCAAUUAACUAAACUCUUGAAGAAAUCACCAUCAGCCGUUGUACUCUUUGACGAAGUAGACAAAGCACAUCCUGACGUAUUAACAGUACUGUUACAAUUAUUCGAUGAGGGUAGACUGACGGACGGUAAAGGAAAAACAAUAGAAUGUAAAAACGCAAUUUUUAUAAUGACUUCCAACUUGGCAAGUGAAGAGAUAGCACAACACGCAAUGCAACUUCGCGCCGAAGCUGAAAGAGUUUUGUCUCAGAGGCUGGACAAGAAUGACGAUGGGGAUCAGGAACCAGAACACAUUGAAAUAUCUCGUAAUUUUAAGGAUCACGUGGUACGUCCAAUACUGAAAGCUCAUUUUCGAAGAGACGAAUUUCUGGGCCGCAUUAACGAGAUUGUCUAUUUCUUACCAUUCUCACGUGCAGAAUUAAUAAAACUGGUAGCACGGGAAUUAGAAGCUUGGGCUGCUCGAGCACGAGAUAGACACAUGGUGGAAUUAAAGUGGGAUAGAGAAGUCUUGUCAGCUUUAGCUGACGGAUACGAUCCCCAUUACGGUGCACGUUCUAUUAAGUACGAAGUCGAACGACGAGUAGUUAAUCAAUUAGCAGCAGCGCAUGAACGUGGACAAUUAGGAAAAGGAAGCUGCGUGCAACUAAAGGCAAAGUGGCAUGAAAACGGAGUGAGUAUCGGGCUUUCCGUACGACCACCAGGAGUGAAAGAUUUUGUGGAAAUUACGAAUAAUGAUUACCUAAUAAAAAAGGUCGAUUCCACGUUCUGACUGGAUCUGGUUACCCGACAGUAAAACUUCCAAUGCAGAGAAAACAUGGCGCGCGUUACAGCGUAACGUGAGAGGCCGGACCUGAACACGUGUUAAAUCAUUAAUGUUAGGAAUGACAAGUUUAUAGAGGAUGUAUAUUCAGACUUAUAUAUACGAAGCAGGUUGAAGAGAUUUGAAGAGCUUUUUUUUUCAUUAGAUACAAUCUACUAGUACAGAUUGCGAAUCGCUACACGUUGUGUAUUUUAACUGUAAGAGAAAUAGUCAAGAGAUCUUGCAAGAGAAGCUCGUUGUUCGAAGUUGUAAAUAUCCUUGAGUAACGAUAAUGCAAAUCGUUGAUGAUAAUAAAAAAAGGAAAAACUUGUCAUUGUAAUUCUACAAGUAUCAUUAUCCAAAAAACUCUUCAUUUAUCUCCACAGCUCGUGUCUCCGAAGAAAACGAUGUCCUUUACUUUCUUGAUGUAAAUAAGUUUAUCUUUAUUUUGAAACAAAAUCACAGAAAUACAUGACAAGAAAAUAUCGGUUUGCACAUCACA